UCUGUCCAAGUCAACUUAUUACACAAGAGGUUAAUACCUGUUGAAGAAUCUCUGAUAUAUCUAGAUUGAGUGGUCAAAAAUUAAAAGCCCUCUUUCCUUGUUAAAAAAAUCCACAUAUUUGUAAUGCGUCUUAUUAGGACACUGGAGGCUUGGCUAGUCACUAAAUAUGAUCAAAUGCUGAGGAGGAAAUUGGACAGUAUUUAGGUAGCUUGGUAUUUGGAAACAAGAUGUAGAAGUGUAGAGGUGGUUAAGGAGUGGGAAACCUUAGGGACUAAAACUUGUCUCAUAUAGGAAUUUUUUUGGGAGAUCUCCCUUGGAACAGUCGUCCUUUUGGGUAGGAUUGCAGGAGCAUGUGUCGGACCAUAAUGGUCGGCAUUUAAAAACAAUUAUGAGGUUCCCUUAAACCUUUGGAAUAUUAUAUAUGUGAGGGAUUUUCUUCUUUUUCUAGUUCAAAAAAUUGGACGUGGCUGUAGCAGUUACAUUUCUGGGAGGAAGUUUGAAUUGGUUGUUCCCAUGCUGCUGCAUUUUCUAGUUUAUAUAAUCUUUCUUUGCUUAAUAAUGUCCUUAUUGUAGGUUCAUUAUUAGAAAAUGUGACCAUAAAUUGGAAUUUUCAGUUUUAAUGCAACUCAAGGGAUGGUGAAAUUUUAAACUUUUUCUCGUUAUUUAUUAUCCUUGAGAAUGUUCCUGUUAAGCCUUCUCAAAAUGUCAAAGGCUGUGGUGGUUGGAUUUCUUGUGGUCCUUUUUUUCAAGUUGUUCUUUCAUGCUCUUGUUUGUUCUCAAACUAAUCUUUUACCAGUUCUAGUUCAUUUCUGGAAAUCUUGUGUCCAGUAGGAUUAAGGUGUUUCAUGGGAAGAUUUCUACUUGUGAAUUGGUUCAAAAGAAAUGUCCUUUAUUUCUCUCUUUGCUUUGAUGGCCUGAGAUGUGCAAGAGGAUUUGGAUGUAGUCAUAGCCUGUUUUCACAUUUUGAUGCUGCAAUAUGUGUAUGUUGUACUCUUCUUCGAGAGUUUUGCUUUAAUUGGGUUCCAUGGAAAUUGCGACAAAUUACUCCUUGAAAAGCACUUUGGCUUUGUAGGACAAAAUGGGCGAGGUUAUAUGGAAAAUGCAGUCUUGGCCAUCUUUUAGGUGAAAUAGAUGGGGAGAAAAAAAUAGGAUUUUGAAGGGAGUGACCAAGAAAUUUCUGUCAUGGGAAAGAGUCAAAUGUUUAUCAUUGUUGUGGAUUUAUACAGAUAAGGAGUUAAAGGGUAUUUCUUUUGCUUUAAUUGCUCUUAGGCUUUCUUUUUAUUUUUGUUAGAGGAUUAAUUAUCCUCUUGUCGAUUGUAAUUGCAUUUCUAUGAACCAUAAAUUCGUGUAUUUUACCCAAAGAAAUCAAGCCACUAUAAAAUCUCUACUUAAUUACGUAUCCUCAUCCAUGCUUUUGAAAACUUUUUUGUUCUACUUCUCUGGAGAAAAGGAGCAUAUCCAAGUUUCGUUAUAUCUUUUGCUGUUGAUUCAUUGUCUGUGAUGGCUAGUCUAAAUUAUUUUGUGUAUUCUGUUGUUGCUUUCAGCGCAAUAUACAGAAAAUUUCUCCGACUUGUGUGUCCUCCAUCCCACAAAUAAAAAAAAAGGUACUUCUGUUUGCUGCAGCAGAUUUUUCUUGUGGCCUCCUUAAUGUUCAAUAAAUAACUGUCUGUUGGAGAUGCUGUCAAAUAAUUUGAGUUGUUUUGAAUAUUAUUGCCAUGUCCUGAGCUUGAUAAUUAUCCAGGAAGUGAGUGGAUUAGGGCCUGGUGAGAUCAGCUGAUGCCUACUGUAGCUUACGUUUAUCCUGUUUAAGGACUGGGCUUAAUUGAUAUUAAUAGGGCAGCGUGAACCCCUUCUCUCCACUGUCUCAAUUUCAUUGCUUCCUGUAUUUGUUUUUAAAGUGCAUCUUUUGCCUAUUUCUCUUCCUUCUUGUUUUAUGACUAUGGUCUUGAACUUAAAUUUUGUUACAGAGACUAUUUUCCAUUGAUGUCCUUAAUUGUGAGCAUCCGUAAGAAAUCAAAGCUCACAAGACUUUCUAUAAUCAUUUGCGUAAUGGAGAUGUGCUAUUCAUAACUGUUUUAAUGCUGCUUUGGUAAUGCCUUGUGCAUUAGGAUAGAGGGGAUCAGGAAGCUGCUAUUUACACUGAAUCUGCUGGAAGAUGUUGCAGCGAUGAGCACCUGAACGAGAUACAUUCAGAUUAUCGAAUGGGUGGUCCCAAUAACGUGUGUGUCAUCUGCAAUCAAGGUGGCGAACUCUUGUGCUGCAUUGGAAAUGGAUGCAAGAGAUGUUACCAUCUGUCGUGUCUAGAUCCUCCUCUAAGUGAUGUUCCAGCAGGAGUUUGGCACUGUUUAUGGUGUGUGAAGAAGAAGGUAGAAUUAGGUGCCCAUUCAGUGUCACUAGGAGUAGAGUCAAUUUGGAAUGCUAGAGAAGUGGAGAUAUCGAAUGCUGAAGGAGUGCGAAGGCAGAAGCAGUAUCUUGCUAAAUACCAUGGCCUUGCUCACAUCCACAACCAUUGGUUGCCUGAGAAACAAUUGCUUCCACAAAAUCUUCUUCUUGCAGAAUUUAAUUCAAAACAUCAGGUGGUGAGAUGGAAUGCAGAAUGGACAGUGCCGCACCGUCUGUUGAAGAAAAGAUUAAUUAUCUUCUCUAGACUGCAAAAUAAGCAUCAGAUCAUGCCUUCCAUUGAUAGUUCAGAUUGCCUGUGUGAAUGGCUUGUGAAAUGGUGUGGUCUUGGUUACGAGCAUGCUUCAUGGGAGUUAGAUAAUUCUUACACUCUAAGGUCCCCUCGAGGUCAGAACCUCGUGAAGGAUUAUGAAAUUCGUCUUCAGAAGGCAAAGAGAACAGUUGACGAGAGUCGAAAAGGAUCAUAUAUCAAGCUCUCAAAGCUUCCAGCUGGAGGAUCACUUCCGAAGAAUCAGAAUCUAUUGAAACAUGUGAACAAGCUGCGCUGGUACUGGUACAACAGCCAGAACACUGUUGUUUUUGAUAAUCAGGAGUGGGCAAUGACUGUGAUUGCGUUUGUUCUCUCUUUGACUGAGGUCUGUCAGCCUUUCCUCAUUAUUGUGGCUUCAGAUGCAAUUUCUCAAUGGGAAGCUGAGUUCACGCGACUGUCCCCUUCCAUUGCUGUCACAAUUUAUAGCGGAAGCAGGGAUACGAGGAAAACUAUUAGGACAUUAGAAUUUUUUGAGGAAGGGGAUUGCAUGAUGCUCCAAGUGCUCUUGUCUUCUCCAGAAGCCGUUUUUGAGGACUUGGACAUAUUGAGAUGCAUAAAAUGGGAAGCAGUUAUAGUUCAUGAGUGCCAGCACUCUGGGAUAGAAAAUCCUUGGGAACAAAUUAAAAUUCUCCCUACAAAUUCUAGAAUACUUCUUUUCAAUGGUCAAAUAAAGGAUACUGUAUCUGAAUAUCUUAAUCUACUAUCAUUGCUUGAUUCUUGUGAUGAUCUGGGAGGCUUCAGGUCCGACACAAUUGAUAAUCUUGGUAAAUUAAAAGAGAGGUUAGCACGUUUUAUUGCAUAUGGCAGCAUUCCUGAGUUAUCCCAGUUUGUAGAGUAUUGGGUUCCUGUUCCAAUGUCAAAUUGCCAGCUUGAGCAGUACUGUGCUGCACUUCUUACGAAUUCUAUUCCUCUUUGUUCUUGCUCCAAAAGCGACCCUGUUGGUGCCUUCCGUGAUAUUCUUUUUACUGUCCGAAAGUGUUGUGAUCAUCCCUAUCUCGUGAACUCCUCCUUGCAAGAAAGCUUGAUAGCUGAGGGGUGCCUGGCAACUGAACUUUUAGAUACUGGAAUAAAAGCAUGUGGCAAAUUACAGCUUCUUGACAUGAUACUUUCAGAGAUAAAAAAUCAAGGACAACAAGUGGUCAUACUUUGUCAGCAGACAGUUGUUGGCGUAGGAAGGGCAUCAAUCGGAGAUAUAUUGGAUGAUUUUCUGCGUCAAAGAUUUGGUCCAAAUUUUUACGAACGUAUUGAUGCUAGAGUUGUCCCAUCCAAGAAGCAUGCUGCUGUGAAUCGUUUUAACAAGAAGGAAAAUGGGCAAUUUGUGUUCUUACUAGAAAAUCGUGCUUGUUCUUCAAGCAUUAAGCUAUCAUCAGUUAAUAUUGUUAUCGUAUAUGAUAGUGAAUGGAAUCCAGCAAAUGAUUUGAGGGCACUACAAAAGAUAUCCUUCAAUUCAAAAUUAGAGCAGAUCAAAGUUUUUCGGUUAUAUUCGUCCUGUACUGUUGAAGAAAAGGCCCUACUUCUAGCAACGCAGGUUCUUAAUCUUGAUAACAAUCUGCAUAACUUGAGUAGGACCACUAGCGACACACUGCUAAUGUGGGGUGCUUCAUAUUUAUUUAGCAAAUUGGAUGAUUAUUAUGCUGACAGAAGCCCUACAUCUGCUUUAAACAUUUCCUCAGAGCAAUUGCUUUUGAAUGACACUACCAAGGAGCUACUGACCAUACUUUCUGAAACCUCUGAAUAUAAUGGUUCAGGUUGUAUCAUUUCAAAAGUUCAACUGGAUGUUGGACGUUAUAGUAUAAAUCUUCCCCUACUCGGGGAGGGAAAAUUCCAGUUGAAAGAUGGAGAAGAGGCUCAUGUUUUCUGGAGAAAGCUUUUGGAGGGUAGAAAUCCACAGUGGAAGUAUUCCUGUGGGUCAACUCCACGUAAUAGGAAAAGAGUUCAAUUCUUUGAUGAAUCGUCUGGGAACCCUGACACUGGUAGUGAUGAAGUUAGAAAAAAACAUAGGAAGGCAGUCAAUGAAAAUGUAGAUCCAGCAUCGAUUCAAGUUGAACCCAAAGGGCAUCAACUGACUCAAGCUGCUGGUUGUAAAGGAGGGUCUUCUACAGCAGUAUCCACCACCCAGUCCCAAUCUGUGGACGAAUCAACUUCUCAUCAAACUGACAAUGUUAAUCCAGAAAGCAACUCAAAUUUCAUAUUUGGUCAGAGCUCUUUUGAUCCUGGAGUCCACGUGGACAAGUCCCAGGAAAUAGUAACAUCAUCCAAUGAGCAGAAGAGCCUCCAUAGCAUAAUAAAAGGAGAGAUGGCGAGACUAUGCCAAAUUCUUAAAGUUUCGGUACCAUCUCUUAUUUCCCUUAUUUAUGAUCAUUGAUAAUCCAAAUGGUAUCAGU